AAUAGAUGUAUAAUUCAUUAUGCAAUUUUAUAGAAUUAAAUCUUAUUUAUCUUCAGAUAUAAAAACUAUAUUUACCAGCUGAAACACUAACGCAUAUGCAGUAUAAUAUAAUCUACUUAACAAUCUCGUUUUAGUUAUAAUAUGUGAUUAAUUCUUUUGCUAUUUCGCUAUAAACAGUUUUUUGUGCAUACAAUAUUUUUUUAUAGUAUUCUAAUAUAUUGUUAGAUAUUGUAAAGAAAGUAAAAUACAGUUAUUGAAGUGUGGGAACAUUCAAUGUUAACCUUGCUUCAAAAAAUAAUCUUUCGAAUGAAUGGGGAAUAGAUUUUUAGUAUUAUAAAGCAAAUUCAAUAUUUAAAUGAUGUUAUUUUAAAAUGGCAGAUGAUAUGAAUGUUCUUUUUAUACGAGGAAAUGGAAACGUAUGUAUGGAUACAGACACAGCCAAUGAUAAUGUUUGGGACGAUAGUGCAUUAAUAGAAGCAUAUGAUAAAGCAAUAAAUUUAGCAAAAGAAGAAGUUAUCAAGCGAAUGGGAAUGGAUGUUGGAAAUUCUCAACCGAAAGAAAACCUACAAAAUCUUAAGCAGCCUAAACACGCAAGUAAAUUACACAAGAAAUGGAUCAUAGGAGCACCUUGUCGUGCAAUAUACUCAGAGGAUGGAGAAAUUUAUGAAGCUAUAAUAUCAAAAAUUUACGAAAACAAUGGCACGUGUGUUGUAAAAUUUGUAGGCUAUGGUAAUACAGAGAAAGUCGAGUUGAGUUCUCUUUUAGAAUCAGAAGGUUUGCAAAGUCAAAUAGCACAACAAAAGAAAGCUUUGGAAGAGAAAUUCAAUGAAGAGAACGACGAGACUUGUGAGACUAAUUUUUCUACAAAUGUAAAUUCGAAAAAAUAUAAUGUAGAAAAAAUGGAUUGUGCACAUCACUUCAUAUCGGGACCAUCUUUCAAUUCGAUGACUGAUAUAAUGCCACCUGCACCUCCUUUACCACCAUAAUUAAUGGCCGAGUAAGUACAAUUUAAAAAUUCUAAUGAAAUGCUGAAUACUUCUAAUAUUAAUAAGUAAUUUGGAAUAAGUUUAACAUU